AUGGAGCAGAGGAUGUUGCGGCCGGCGGCGCCCAGCACCAGCUGCGCGUGCCCUCUGGCGGGGCGACCUCACCCGGCAGAGCCAGGCCGUGGCGCGGUCGCGGCGGCGGGGCCGACGCUCCGGCCAGCCCGCAGCGUGGCGGAGGCGGCGCGGCCCCUCCGGCCAGCCAGCAGCGUGGCAGAGGAGGCGCGGCGGCGGCUCCCGGCGCACAGGCCACAGGGCAGCUGUGGGGGCAUGUUCUUGGAUCCGGAAUCCACGGCGAUUCCCCUCCGUCUGCUAUCUCCUAGUACUCACCCUCGCUCUCCUCGUCGUCUCCACCGCCGCCCCAUCUCAUGGAACGCAUCUGACGCGAUGCUUCUGAGUUCUGACGGUGGUUUCUCUCUGCCAUACCGCAGCGGGCUGUGGGGCUGGGUGUGCAGGUCCUCGCCGACGGAGAAGGACAACUGCGUGCUGCGCUGCCUCUCGCUGGAGUGCUACGACCUCAUAUACGGCGGCGAUCCACUUGAGGAAGGGGAGUUGGACUAUGUUCGAGGCCAGGAGUACAAGUACUGUAUGCACAAGUAA